AGCCACCUCUGUCACUCUGUGUUCCGUUUCAUCUACCAUUCAACUCAGUGGCUCACCAAAACAAAAACGGUUCUUUCUUUAUUGUUUCUUCUACACACAGCUGAACAAACAAACAAACAACAGAAUCAGUGUUAAUUAAGCGUCUCGCUCAAUUCAUUCAAUUUCGUAUCGUUCACUUUCAUGUCUUCUUCCCAAACCUCUGCAGCGGCAGCGGCGGCGGCGGCUGAGGCGGAGGCCGACGGCUCUGGGAGCCACGCGCCUCUCCUGCGUCCACGGGAAUCCACUCCUUCGCCUACUGCUGCUGCUGCCCGCCCCGCAACUCUUGCUCUCUUGCUCGGCCGCGCUGCCGGCCGCGCCCGAGGCCCUUCCAUGCUUGUUCGGGAAACCGCGGCUCGUGAGCUGGAAGAGCGACGCGCGGAUUGGGGCUACUCGAAGCCGGUUGUUGCGUUAGAUAUGUUGUGGAACACUGCGUUUGUGGUGGUUUCCGUCGUGAUGUUGAUAAUUACAGUUGAUGAAAAACCUAAUACGCCGAUUAGGUUUUGGAUCUGCGGGUAUGCCCUGCAGUGUUUGGUGCAUGUGGUGUUGGUGUGGUUAGAGUACCGGAGGAGGAACACACGGAGAGUCAGGGAUGAUGAGAGGGGUGUUGGCGAUAUGGUGGAUGCGAAUAAUGAUAGUGAGGGUGAGGAGGAGGAAGAGGAUGGUGGAGGAUCACGGAUUUCGAGUCGAUCUAGUGUCACUAAACGAUGUGAAUCGAUUAAUACAAUGGUGUCAUUUCUCUGGUGGAUAGUUGGAUUUUACUGGGUGGUCUCCGGUGGAGAUGUACUCCUGCAGGAUGCCCCUCGUUUGUACUGGUUGGCUGUGGUUUUCCUGGCAUUUGAUGUGUUCUUUGCCAUCUUUUGUGUUGUUUUGGCAUGUUUAAUCGGGAUUGCUCUGUGUUGCUGCUUGCCAUGCAUUAUUGCAGUUCUCUAUGCUGUCGCAGGACAGGAAGGUGCAUCAGAAGCAGAUCUCAGUAUCCUUCCAAAAUACAGAUUUCAAAUAUUGAACAAUGAUGAAAAGCCUAGUGUGGGAGCUGGGAAAAUGGUUCCUGUAGAAACAAGCAGUGGAUACUUGGCAAAUGAACGUAUACUGUUACCUGAGGAUGCAGAAUGCUGUAUAUGUCUCUGCCCUUAUGAGGAUGGUGCAGAGCUUCAUGCCCUUCCCUGCAACCAUCAUUUCCAUACCACAUGCAUUGUGAAGUGGCUUAAGAUGAAUGCGACAUGUCCUCUGUGCAAGUACAACAUUCUCAAGGGAAAUGAACAGGUAUAAGAAUGGUUCACAUGCACUCUCUGUAUAUGCCGAAGAAACCAAGGCAGUAAGAACAAAACUUCUCCUAACUCUUUUCAGAAUGAGUUUCCAAUUUCGGCAUUUGCGCUUCUUUACUAUGUUCAUUGGCCUUGUGGGGUUGUUUUUUUUCCCCUUGCCCUUGUAUGAAUUAUUUCAGGCACUUGUGCAAAAGUUGGAGCCAUUGAUUUGCAGGUUUUAAGUUAUGCCUUGUUUAUUCUCCUUUCUUUUUUUGUUUUGUAGUUGUAUAAGACAAAAAUAAUGGUUUCAUGUAUUAUUUAUACUUUUGUGUCAAUUAUACUACAUAUUGUACCUUUGUGAUUCAAAUAAUAGGCGGUAUACUGCAAUGGAUUAUUUGCAGUGUAUUCUAUGUCUGAUUUCUAGAUAUGUGAUGACAAUAUAUUGACCAGCAGCUUCACUUUU